AUGUCAUCAUUUCAACCACGCACCAAGGUGGCCAUGACUCGAGAAGAAAUUGAUGAAAAGAAGAAGAGAUGGUUAGAGGAAAAAGCAAAGGAGCAAUUACGAAAGAGAAUUGAGGAAAACUUAAUACAACCGACCACACACGUUACAUGUAACUCCUCUCAACAAACAUCAAUUCCAACAUCUCUAGUCGGAAUUCUAACAGAUACCGUAGAACAAUCUAUGAAGGAGGAAAUGAAAAUUAGUCAUGCUCUGAAAUAUCAAAACCACGAUGAGGAUGAUGAAAAUUUCUUAGCAAACGAAAUGGAAAAUCACAAGUGUGCAAUUUGUUUUGAAUUAAUGUUAGACAAGGAACAUGAACCAAUGAUGAUUGUACCAUGUGGUCAUUGUUUUUGUCGAAAUUGUUUACAAUUAUUAACGACUCAAAAGUGUCCAACUUGCAGAUCAAGAAUCAAUUCUCUUGCUGUCAAUUUUGCAUUAAAACAAGUGAUUAGCUCUUACAAUGAUUUGAAAGCUCAAAAAGAAAAGAAAAAACAAGAAAUGCAAACGUUUAUUGAAAAACAAAGUGCCCAUAUUGUGGAUCCCUCAGUUUUGGAAAUAUUUAAAAUGGUCCUUAAUAGAACACCCUCUGAGCAUCGUCAAGAAGUUGAAAAGUAUCUUUCUCAAUACGCUAAAGCAAAAACCAGAAAAAAAAUACUCAUUGAUUCUUUAAGCGAAAUUGAACAAGAGGUGGGUCAUUUAACCACUCAUCUUUCUAUUGCAGAAUCUCAUUUACAAAGGUUUAACAAUGAACACCAAGCUCUUGUCCAGGAAAUUGAGGAAAAGAUGAAGAAUUUAGAGGAAUUGAAAAAAGCAAUUGACGAACAAAAUCGUGUGACCACCGAGAUUUCUCAACACAAACAACAAAUGGAGCAAAAGAAACAAUUCAUUCUGCAAUCCGUUCAAUCCAUAGACAGGGAAAGAGAAAAGGCCAAGCUUAUUAUCAAAAACUUUGUUCCAAAUAUAAGUGAUUAUGAGUUUAAUGAUUAA